AUGGGAAGUAUGAAGGUGAGACGAAUGCUGAUGACGGUGGUGAGGACUGACGACUUUUAUGAUGCUGCUGAUGGUGGUGACGGUGAUGGUGGGGAAAAAAAGGCGAUGGAGAAAACUGCCAGACGGAGGAGCAAAGAAAAGACUUCGUUUGGUAGGAAAUCAUGUAAACCCGAGGGAAAGACCGGAAAAUGGAUGGUUGAUGUGUAG